CCCACGUGUCUGUGAUGAAGAAAUCGAAGAAGGAAGAACGAGGUUUGUUCGCGGAGGCAGCGAGCAGUGGGAAGCGGGAGUUGGUUCUGCGAAAAGAUGCCGUGACGGAGAAAGUGGUGCAGGCCAUAGAGGGUGGUGAGGACACGUCGAUGUUUGCAGUGACGAGUCUUAACAAUCUGCAGCUGAGUGGCUUCGCCGGAGUGGCUAGGCUCUCUCGUGUGGGCGGCCUCACGGCUCUACUCCAGCUAGGCCUCGUGGAGAACGGUCUGGAUUCGUUGCCCGAUGAAAUAGGUUGUCUCCCGAGGCUCAAACUACUGGAUGUGUCUCGGAACAAACUGUCAUCUCUGCCCACCUCCCUCUUCCUCCUCCCUGCCCUCCAGACGCUCAUCAUCGCCAACAACUGUCUAACUGACUCCUCGUUCCCGGAGGACAUGGCGGGAGAGGUUCUGCCUCAGCUCCACCAGCUGGAUGUGACAGGGAACAAGCUGACUUCCCUCCCCUCAUUCCUCUCCAUGACGACCCAGCUGGCAGAGCUGCGUGUGGCUCACAACUCUCUCUCCUCUCUCAGCCCCGCCCUCGUCCAGUCUCUGGUGGGACUCCGAGUCUUGGAGGCUCAGGAGAACCAGCUGAAGAGUCUGCCGCACGAGCUGGCAGCCUGCUCCAAGUUGAAGACGGUGCGACUGGAAGGAAAUCCUCUGAAGGACCGACGACUUCUGAAACUAGUGGCGCAGCACGGAACACACAAACCUAAGGCUGUUCUGGACUACUUGGCCAGUCGGGGUCCAGGCCCAGCUCCAGUUGGGAAGAAGAAGGGGAAGACUAAGGCAGCGGUUCAGUCGGACGGUGAGGAGGAAGACGUGGAGUUUUCUCUCCAGCUUCCCGAGGUGGCAGUGGUGAGACCUCAGCAGGGGAAGGGGUUAGAGGUCGUUGCUACUGGCAAUGCGAGGAAGGUCCGACCCUACCUGGUGUGUACUGUGAUGAGGGGUGUUGCCCUGGCAACAGAGGACUCCAUGAGAGAGUUUAUCAGUCUUCAGACUAAGCUCCAUGACACUGUUUGUAAGAGACGUCGCUCGGCAACCAUCGCCACUCAUGACCUGGCCAAAGUCACUCCUCCCGUCUCAUACCGUGUUGCCCCGGCAACCGAUGUUGCCAUGACACCCCUGGGAUGGAGUGAAGAAGUGAAAGUUCAGCAGUUUCUGGAUCACGUGGAGGCCAACAAGCCGGGGAGUGGAGGGAGGAAGGCAAAAGGAGUGGACACAACUGCAGCCUCUCUCUUCAAGUACCUGCAAUAUGUUGACAGUGGGGAGAUGGUGUAUCUACAGGACAGCUCAGGCUCCGUCAUUUCCCUACCUCCUCUCACCAACUCUCACAACACCAAGGUAUCAGAAUCAACGACGGAUCUUCUGGUAGAAGUUACAUCAUCGGAAAGUCUCCUGGCUGCCAAGGUCGCCAUGGACUCCCUGGUUGUGGGUGUGGCCAGUGUGAUGAGUGGAGGGGUGAGGGUUGAGCAGGUGAGGGUGGUUGACGAGGCAGGGCAGCUGCUGGUCCUCUACCCAUCUCGAACUGACCUUGCUAACUCCACUGACAUCAGAGUCUCCAGACCUCUCUGACACAGUCUCUGGACCACGUGCUAUUUUGUGUCACUAUAGUUUAGUUCACUGGCUUAGUUAUCUACUGUCAUAAUUUGUGAGCAACCAAAUGGCAUAAUUUAGCUGUUGCCAUACCCUAAAUUAUUA